AUGAGCGAUAGAAACGGUGGGCGACGGCUGCGGCAGUGGCUGAUUGAGCAAAUUGAUAGUGGGAUGUAUCCAGGGCUGAUCUGGGAGAAUGAGGAGAAGACCAUGUUCCGGAUCCCAUGGAAACAUGCUGGGAAGCAGGAUUACAACCAGGAGGUGGAUGCAUCUAUAUUCAAGGCCUGGGCGGUGUUCAAAGGAAAAUUCAAGGAAGGGGACAAGGCCGAGCCAGCCACCUGGAAGACGAGGCUACGCUGUGCCUUGAACAAGAGCCCUGACUUUGAAGAGGUGACCGACAGGUCCCAGCUGGACAUAUCGGAGCCAUACAAGGUCUACCGGAUUGUUCCCGAAGAAGAACAGAAAUGCAAAAUGGGGAUGGGAAACGGAUGCGGCUUAAACGAAAUCCCAGACAUGGACUGUGCCACUUCGACAAUAGACGACCUGAUGAAAGAGCCUCCUACUGUCGAUGAAUGUCUUCAUGCAAUAAAAAGAAGCCCUUCGCCACUGCAGGACACAUGUAGAAAUCCCCCGAUACCUGACUGGUGGACUCAUCAACCAAGUCCUGUUUUGUCUCUGAUGAAUGGAUUUGCUGGUUACGACCCACUUCAUACAGGCUAUUCCCAGAUGGUGAUCAGCUUCUAUUACGGAGGGAAGCUGAUGGGAAGUACGACGACCUCCCGUCCCGAAGGCUGCCGGAUCUCCCUGGGAGAGUUGCCUUACGGCCUGGAAAGCCUGGAGCACGUGCGGUUCCCAUCGGCGGACACCCUCCCGAACGAGCGCCAGCGGCAGAUCACCAAGAAGCUCUUCAGCCACCUGGGGCGGGGGGUCCUGCUGCACUGCAACAAGCAGGGGGUCUUCAUCAAGCGGCUGUGCCAGGGCAGGGUCUUCUGGAGCGGAAACACCAUGGUCUUCAAGGACAGGCCCAACAAACUCGACCGGGACGAGGUGGUCAAGAUAUUUGACACAAACCAGUUUCUGAGAGAACUCCAGCAGUAUUAUAACAACCAAGGCCGCUUCCCUAAUAGCAAAGUCCUUCUGUGUUUUGGGGAGGAAUUUCCAGAUGCCACCCUCUCACGCUUUAAGUUGAUCCUUGUUGAGAUUGAGCAACUGAGCGUCCGGCAGUUGGUGGAGAAUGCAGGCAAGUCCGACGGCAGCACCCCAAUGCACCCCAUGGCAGAGGAGGUCCACUACGACCAGAUGUACAGGAACUUCCAGGAUUCUUGCGGGCCACACCAAAGACCAGUCUUCAGGGAAAACCAACAGAUCACUGUCUGA